AUGAUCAAGAUCUGUUGCCAAUGUAUCAACGCUGCUAUCCAGAGUACCAUCGCCUUCAAUCGUGUAGGCAAAGAGCCUAGCAGCAUAUACCAAUACUUCCAGCCUACGCGCAAGAAGAGGCUUAUCGUAACCAACAUAUUUAGUACACUUCACGCACAAUUCGGCAAUAUGCUCGUACUAGCCUCACUUACGAAAGCCAACCUCACCGCACUAUUCAAACGUACCAUCGCCGUUAUCAGCGAUGUAGCGCAAAACUCGCCCACCCUACGCAUGGAUCUCAAAAUUCUCAAGAACGUUCAGAGGCAACAGGGUCUCGAAUGA